ACUGUCAACUUCAUUUGUGGUCUGUGACUGUCAAUUCUGCAAAACAAUAAUAAAAACUAAAUGAAGUUAUUUACUAGUUUAUUCCUUUAUUUCAUUAAUAGUCAUUAAAUAUUUACUGAUACACUUUCAUUUAUUAUAUUUAAGUCCAUUAUGGAGGCAUUGAUAUGUAGAAUAUGUCUAGACAGAACGGGCACGAUAUCGGUAUUUGAAAGUGAGCCUGAUAAUGUACAAUAUAGUGCAAAGUUGAAGAAAUUAGUGAACAUAACAGUGACGGAGGACGACGGGCUGCCGAGCAUGAUGUGCGAGGGCUGCACCGGGGAGCUGUCGCUCUCCUACCAGUUCGCGCAGAAGUGCGAGGCGUCCGACCGCGCGCUGCGAUGUCUGAGCACUCCCAUAGAAUUAUACUCCGAUCUACAAGCCGACAGACACCUCCGUGCAGAUAUAAAAUCGGAAGAAAUCAAAAACGAAAUCGACGAAGGCGAUCGUCACGACGUAUUCGACAACAGCUUCCUCUUCGACAACACGUCAAAGACUGACUUCGAUGAAGAGAAGCAACUAACUAAUUCUCCCAGUAAAGAUUUAAAUAUUGAUGUCGAGUCUAAUGGGAAGAGUAACGCAGGUGCAAGAGGUAAAUGUAAUGGUAAAAGACUUAGGAGAGGCAAAUUAGGCCCGAUUCAGUGUGUAAUCUGUGGACACAUGGCAUCUAGCCCUUCGGCAAUGGAAAUUCACAUGCGCACACACACGGGAGAGAAGCCCUUCCUAUGUUCAACUUGCAACACCAAGUAUCCCACUAAAGGCUCUUUAAAACGGCACAACGAAACAUUCCAUUCUACCAGAGAAAGGAGAUUCACUUGCGAGACGUGUGGCAGUAGCUUCUAUAGAAAAAAUGAUAUAAUAACACAUUUGAGAGUCCACACAGAUGAGAGGCCGUAUGUUUGCCCUUAUUGUUCCAAACGGUUCCGUCAAAUAGCCUCCAGAAACCGCCAUCAAAGAGUUCACACAGGAGAGAAACCAUAUCCGUGCCCUGUCUGUGGUAAAAAGUUUGGUCACAAGGGCUUAGUCAAGAAACAUCAGAGUGUUCAUAGUGAGGAGAGGAAAUAUAUUUGUCACCUCUGCAGCAAAUCCAUGAAGUCUAGGACAGCUCUAAAUGUUCAUAUAGGCCUUCAUACAAAUAAGAAACAGAACGUGUGCAGCUUUUGUGGCAUGGCCUUCGCUAUGAAAGGCAAUCUGCAGACUCACAUCCGUCGCAUGCACUCUGAGAAAUCUGGUCAAUGUUCAGUAUGUUUAAAAACAUUUUCAGAUCUGAAGGUACAUAUGCGUAAACAUACAGGAGAGAAACCUUAUGUGUGUGGAACGUGCAACGCAGCAUUCACUGUCAAGAGAAGUCUGGCACAUCACAUUCUGUUCAAACAUGAGAAUGCUGGAAAGUUCAAAUGUUCAAUAGGAGAUUGUACGAAGUCCUUCCCCACGACCACCAUGCUGGAGUUUCACUACCUGAAGCAGCACACAAACCACACCCCCUACGUGUGCCAGCACUGCCCCCGACGAUUCUUCCGUGCCAGCGACCUAUCACGCCACCUAAAGGGCACACAUAUGGAACUAAAUUUUAAGUCUUCCCUGAAAACCCUAAUAAUAUCUAAUCCCUAAACAUAUUAAGACUGAGUAACAAUGUGUAAAUCUAGUCACUAGUGCUAAGAGAUAAAAUUAUUAUUUGACAUUUAGGAUAAAUAAUGUAAAAAUUUUAAAUAGUGUAGAUGUAAAAUAUGUAUUAUUUAGAAUAAUUUAACAGCAAUAUUGUGUAAAGCAAUUAUCAAAACAUUUAUAUGUAUUUUUUUAAUAAUUGCUAGUAUUAUUUCCAGUUUGCCUUUUAAAUACAACCUAUAUUUUUGUUCUCCCAAUUAGCCAGAAAUGACUAGACUAGAAUAGUGUUAGAAGUGGGUAUGACAAUAGUCUGUGAAAUCAUGUAUUAUGAUUCUACCAUUUAAAAUACAAUUCAUGAAAUAUUGAAAUAUUAGAGGUUCUAAAUACACUUACACAAAAGGCCAAGAACUGCCUUUUAAGACUUUUAACUAAAAGAUAAUAAAAGAAAAUAUUAAAUCCUCUUGCAAUUGUUAGUGUAGCGUAUUAAAAUUUCUUACGUGCGUAAGAAAUUCUAAAACUCAAAAUACUAGCAUCUUUCACGCCAUUUUUUGUGACUGUUUUUCAGUGAUGCCCAACCUCCUAAGGGAGAAGUUUUGAUUAUUUGAGGAGGUAUUUUUAUUUAUAUGUAGUAUUUAAAUUAAAUGUAAAAUGAAUGAUGAAAUCAACUAUCUCAGUACCCAUAACGUAACAGGCUAAGCUUACUUUUGGCUAGACAGUGAUGUGUGUACUGUCUUAAUAUAUUUAUUUAUUUUGUUUAUUUAAACUAGCAAUAGUACUUUCUUGCCCAAAACCUGGUCUUUCUGGUGAUCCAAUUUGAUUUUCUGUAUAAAAACAAGUAGAUAGACUUUGUUCAUCAUAUUAUUAAUUAAAGUAAAAGUAUGUUAGAACAAAUAUUUUCCUACCUUACUGAGUAAUGAGACUUUUUUUUUGGAAAUAUAAUUGUUUCAAUUUC